AUGAGCCAAUCGAUUAUGUCUCAUUUAUUUCCAUGUUAUGUUUUCCAAAUUAAAAUUUUAUUUUUCUUAUUUAUUCUUCUUUUAAAUAUUAAUUCAAAUUAUUCAUUGAAGUCAAAUGAAUAUCUUGGUAGUACAGGAAAACAUCUUUUUCAUUUUGUACAAGUAUCUGAUAUUCAUGUAACACAUAUCGGUUAUAAUGAUCGAAUGAAACAAUUUGAACAAUUUUGUAAUGAAAUUAUUAAAACAUUAGUUAAACCAUCAGUUACUAUUGUAUCAGGUGAUCUUGUACAUAGUGUGAGUGGUCUUAUACGUAAAGGUGAUCGACCAUUUCGAACAGCACAAUUCGAAGAAGAAUGGAAUAUGUAUCAAGAUAUAUUAAAUCGAACAAAUGUUACAAAAUAUACAAAAUGGCUUGAUAUAAAAGGAAAUCAUGAUACAUUUAUGGAUCCAAAUCCUGAUUCUUCAAUGAGUUUCUAUCGAAUGUAUUCAAAUCAAGGACAUGAACAUAGUGGUUCAUAUGAAUAUACAUUGAAAACAAAUGAUGGUGAUAGUUAUUCAUUUGUUAGUGUUGAUUUGUGUCCAAAACCUGGCCUUGGUGGUUUACUUAAUAUUUAUGGUUCUAUAACAAAUAAAGAAAUGAAAAUUGUAAAAAAAUUAUCUGAACAAACAAAAACUUCUAAUACAACAAUAUUCUUUGGUCAUUAUCCAUUAUCAUUUACUUAUUCGUCUGGACUUAAAAAAUUGAUGAAUCAUGCUAUUGUUUAUUUAAAUGGUCAUCUUCAUGCCGGUUUUAAACAUUUAUAUAAUCUUCAUUCAGAUGGAUUACUUGAACUUGAAUUAGGAGAUUGGAAAUCUAAUCGACGAUUUCGGAUAGUAACUAUUGAUUCUGGAAUAUUAUCUUUUGAAGAUUUUCGAUUUAAUCAAUCUAUUUAUGCUGUUAUAUCAAAUCCAACCGCAGCUAAAUUUAAAACAACAAGAGAACCACUUUAUCGUUUAAGUCAAAGUACACAUAUUAGAAUUCUUGUAUUUGCUCAAUUACCAAUAAGUAAAGUAGAUAUUACAAUUGAUAAACAAUAUAUGGGUUCAGCUAUUCAAUCAAUUGAUAAUUCAAAUUUAUUUGUUUUACCAUGGAAUACAAGUUUUUAUAAUGAUGGAAAUCUUCAUGAAAUUUUUGUUAAAAUUAAAGAUAAGGAAAAUAAUAUAGUGACUAUCAAACAUGAUUUUUCUUUAUCACUAUCAACAAUAACAGCAUGGAAUCGUUCAAAAUUUCUUCUUACAGUUCAUCAACCAACUCUUAUUUUAAUUGUUCUGAUCUUAUCUUUAUGUAUAUAUAUUCUCAUUUUACUCUAUUAUCGAUAUCAAGCAAAGAAAAAAUCAUCUAUUUUUACUAGUCGUUUUGGAGCAUGGAAUCGAUUUUGUCUACGAAUGACAUUACUUUGUUCAGUUGAUUUUCUCUAUUAUUCAUUACUUGCUUUUGCAUUAUUUCAUUUUAUUGGUCCAUGGUAUAUUGGUUUUUUAACAAGAGAUUAUUUUGGUGCCACUUUUCUUUGGGGUACAUUAAUACAAGGAACUUAUUUACCACCUGAUGGACAGUUAGUCGCGGGAAAUUUUCAAGUAAUUUUUUUAUUAAAAAUGAAAGGAAAUAUAUCUAUUUUUUCUUUUUAGUUAUAUUUCUUUUUAUUUCCAUUUACAUAUUGUUUAAGUUCAUCAUGUUAUUAUCAUUAUAAAAAAAUUCAAUCAAAUAAUAACAAUCAAAGAAAAUCUCAUUUCAGUCGUUAUUUUCGAAUUUCUAUAGUUUAUAUUUUAUUUAUAUAUAUAUUACUUUAUGUUUUAUUUUGGUCAUAUGUAAUGACAGGAUCGUUUAAACUUGGCUUUAUAUUAUCACCAUUUGGAUUAUUAUUAAUUAUAUUUGUAAUAAU